UUUUUUACUUUGGGUUCUCUCUGCUUGAAACACACCUGUCUACUGCGAUUUCCAGACACGCAGAAGCCUGAACCUGAAAAAUUAAAUUAAAAAUCAGUAUAAGUUAAAAACCCUAGCUUCUUGCUGUGAGAAAUUGGAGAUCAGAGCAAGAAAGAAGACAAGGAAAAAGCACAUUACCUUCUGAGAGAGGGAUGGGAUCUGGAGCUGGAAGCUUCCUCAAGGUGAUUCUUAAGAACUUUGAUGUUCUUGCUGGGCCUGUGGUCAGUCUUGUUUAUCCUCUAUAUGCCUCAAUUAGGGCAAUUGAGACCAAAUCCGUUGUUGACGACCAGCAGUGGCUUACUUAUUGGGUCCUUUAUUCUAUGAUUACUCUCAUCGAGCUCACCUUUGCUAAGGUCAUUGAAUGGAUACCUAUAUGGUCAUAUGCAAAGCUCAUUUUGACAUGCUGGUUGGUGAUCCCAUACUUCAGCGGUGCCGCGUAUGUUUAUGAGCACUUUGUGAGACCUCUCUUUGUUAACCCACAACAAACUAUUAAUAUCUGGUAUGUCCCACGGAAGAAGGAUGUCUUCAAUAAGUCAGAUGACAUUCUAACUGCUGCAGAGAAAUACAUUGAAGAGAACGGAACUGAAGCAUUUGAGAAGCUUAUUCACAGGGCUGACAAGUCCAGGAGUAACAUUUAUGCAAACACAAUCUUCGAUGAGGAUUAUAGAUAUUAAGGCUUGUAACCCUCGGUUUGGUCUUGCUGGUUAGUAGACUGUUGAAAAAGGCUCCUACUAGGUUUUUCUACUUUUCGUUGCUGAAACUUAGAUUAUCCUUUGUUGAUAUGGUGUUGCAGUUUUGUGCAGGAAACUGGAUGUUUUAGUGUUAUAGUAUAUAAUUACAUGUUAAUAGCAUAUAAAUAUCUUUGACUCUUGAUAUUUCUUAUUUUUUAUUAACCAUGCACAGACCUUUGUCAUGGGAAGAUAAUGUUAGUAAAGUGCACCUGCUAUUUAAAGA